AUGCCUAAAGGCCUCCUGCCAGAUGUGGCCAACAUCUCCACGGUGAAGGAAUUCCACCUGCUGGGAUUCUCGGAGGCCCAAGACCUGCAGCUGGUCCAUGCCGCACUUUUUCUCCUGGUCUACCUGGCGGCCCUGAUGGGGAAUCUCCUCAUCGUCGUCGUCACCACCCUCGAUUGGUGCCUCCACACCCCCAUGUACCUCUUCCUCAGGCACUCGUCUGUAGCAGAGGUCAAGGACCUCUGCUACUUCUCCGUCUCCAUCCUGCAAUCCAUCCACAACUCCUUGACUGACCGUAGAUACAUUUCCUUCCUGGACUGUGCUGCUCAACUCUAUUUUUUCACUUGUUUUGCUUCAUUGGAGAUCGCCCUGCUUAUGGCGGUGUCCUACGACCGCUAUGUUGCCUUCUGCCACCCCCUGUGCUACGAGGUCAUCAUGGACCAAGAGGCCUGUGGGAAGAUAGCAGCCACCUCUUGGGUAAGUGGGGCUCCCUCCAUUCUCGUGCAUACCGUCAACAUCUUUCUCUCGCCUUUUUGUGACUCCAACGUCAUCUGCCAGUUUCUCUGCGACAUCCUGCAGUUAUUGACCCUGUCCUGUUCUCCCUCCAUCGUGUCGGAGUUGGUCGUGAUAGGCGUUAGCGUCACGUUGGAUUUCGGCUGCUUCCUGUUCAUGAGGGUUUCCUAUUCCCACAACUUCUCCACCGUGCUGAGGAUCUCAUCCGUGCAGGACAGAACCAAAGACUUCUCCACCUGCCUGCCCCAACUCGCUGUGAUAACCAUAUUUUUGUCCACUGGGUUUUUCUCCCAUUUAAAGCCGACCUCAGACUCCCCCUCAGCGCUGGAUCUGCUAGUGCCCGUGUUCUACACCGUGGUGCCCCUGGCCCUGAACCCCUUCAUCUACAGCCUGAGGAACCGGGACAUGAAGGCCGCCUUGAGGAAAUUCUUUAGGGGGAAAGUGUUCUGA